AUGGGUAUGCUCGAUUUCCAACCAACUGACACACCCAUUGAGCAGAACCAUCGGUUAGCUGAGUAUCCAGAUCAAGUACCCACGAAUAAGGCAAGAUAUCAGAGGUUAGUUGGAAAAUUAAUUUAUUUAUCACACACUAGACUAGACUUAGCUUAUGCAGUUAGUGUUGUGAGUCAGUUCAUGCAUAAUCCUAUUAAGGCUCAUAUGGAAGAUGUAGUUUGGAUCUUGAGGUACUUGAAGUAUGCUCCUGGAAGGGGGUUGGUGUUUUCUAAGCAUAGGCAUUUGGAUGUUUUGGGGUAUACAGAUGCAAAUUGGGCAGGUGUAAAGGAGUUUGAGGCAAGGUGGAUUGGAUGGGUAGGGGUAAAUGUGCCAGAUGAUAUUGGACAGAGGGCACUUACUAAAGCUCUAGCUGAAAAGAAGUGUAUCCCCGUCUUCCUUGAUGAGAAGAUUGUUCAUCAAUAUUACAAUGGCUAUUGCAACAAUAUUUUGUGGCCCCUUUUCCAUUACCUUGGGCUUCCACAAGAAGAUCGACUUGCUACCACUCGGAGUUUCCAGUCGCAAUUUUCUGCAUAUAAGAAGGCAAAUCAAAUGUUUGCAGAUGUAGUUAAUGAGCACUAUGAAGAGGGUGAUGUUGUUUGGUGCCAUGACUACCAUCUUCUGUUUCUUCCAAAAUGCUUGAAGGAAUAUAACAACAAAAUGAAAGUCGGCUGGUUUCUCCACACUCCCUUUCCUUCCUCUGAAAUUCAUAGGACACUGCCAUCACGAUCAGAGCUCCUGCGCUCAGUUCUUGCAGCUGAUUUAGUUGGUGUUGGGGAUUAUGCCAUCUGUCAAGAAUAUCAACAAAUAACUGAUAACUCUGUUGCAAGGCUUUGA